UUUACGAUCUUUAUGUCAUCAUGUAUUUGACUUGGUGUUAUGUUUUAUAUUCACUAAUUUCUUUAUCUUUAACAAAUGAACUAAACAUAUUAACAGACUGGCAAAAAAAUUCAUUUUUAUGCAUGAGAAAUUAUUUUGAAUUUAGUCAACCUAUGAUUAUUCAUCAAAAAUAUAACAUAACAUUUUAUGGUCUUGAAGAAUCAGGAUAUGGUGUUCGACAGAUUGUAGUUCGGAGUGUAUAUGAUUUUGUACCAGAAAGAAGUAGUUUUAUUGACAUGCUUGAACAAGACGGUGGAUAUGAAAAUUACUAUAGGAAAUUAGUACGAAAAGUUGAUUUUCAUAACCAAUUUAUGAUGUUUGCAGAAAGACAAAAGUUCAAAAACUGGGAUUAUUUUGUUAAAGAAAAUAAAAACAUUAAAAUUUUUUGGUGUAAAAAUGGAUUAUGUGAAGAUUGCCGGAGUAACAAUCCGAUAGCUUUGGCAAUAAUAAAUGAAAUAUCUCAACCUAAGAACACUGAAGUUCAACCAAAAAUUCAAGCUUCAGAAAAGAUGUGGUCGGAUGGACAAAUUGAAGAUUUCAAAGAUUUUUCUAUAGAAUUAGCUUCAAACUCAUUACUGAUUGGAAGACCAGGAGACGUAGCAAAAUUAUAUUUCAGAGUAAUCAACAGAUUAUGGCAACCAUUAGAGUUUUUUUUUGAAUGUUAUGCUCAAAUUGGAAUUAUACGAGCUAUUCUUCCUACAAGGAUAAUAAUACCACCAAAUUCACCAAGUGAUAUUGAAGUAUUUCUUGAGGUAGGAGGUUCAGAAGGAUCAAUAGACCAGAUAACAUUUAUAGUAAACCAACAAUAUCAAGAAUUUAUCAGAGUUAAUUUUUAUAUUGGUCAAAUGGUAGGAGAUACUUCAAGGCCUACAAUAGAUUAUACUUUUAAUGGCGAUUGUCGUUAUGCAGACACACCACAUACAUGUGGAUCUGAAAAAUGGAGCAUUGAAGCAGUUAUAAGAGAUGAAAAUUCAGGAUUAGCAAACAUUUACUCAAUUCCAAAUCAUCUUCGAUUUCAAAAUGACUUUAUUAUUGGGACAAGAGAAGCAGUAAUUGUGUACUACUCUUCAACAUGUUGUUUUCCUAAAGUUGAAAUAAUUGCAACAGAUCUAAGAGGAAAUAUUAAAAAAAAAACUAUUGAUGCAGAAAAACAAUAUUUGAAUUUAGCAGAAAUUGCAGCUAUCAUAUUGGCUAUUUUUGUUUUAUUUUUUACAAUAAUAAUUUUGAUUUGGGCAGUAUUAAGGUGCCGAAAAAGAAGAAAAAGUCAAAAUUUUAUUUCAAAUUAAAAAAUUUCAUUGAAAAUUAUUUUAUCUAACUA